AUGUCGAACGAAGAGACCCCACAGGACUCCGUGGCCUCAAUUGCACCAGAUUCUACUGUAUCACUUUCUUCGAGUGUCGAGGCUGUAGUACCGGAACCACAACAACCUGAAGAGGUCCCGGAAAGGUCGCAAGAGGAAGAACAUGAAAAUGAAAAUCAAGAUGAGCAGACGAAUCUGAAUGUGGUUGUUGAUUCUCCUCCAAAACAGGAACCUGUUUCAAAAACCUCCAAGCACACGAGAAAUAUUUCGACAGUCUCUUCAGUCGCUGGUCACUCCAAUAUCAAAUCAACAAUUUCACUUGUGAAGGGAACUUUACAAGCUAUACAAGAGGAAAGAGAUCUUAAAAAGCACCCAAAUGCGCAGAAAAUGGUGGAAAGGACUUUGAGUAGGCUCUCAGAGACAAUGACUCAAUCAAAUAACGACCCACACUAUCUGGAUUCCUUAUUAGUUUUCGAAGUAUUAAGAUCUACUUGCAGAACUAAGUCCACCAGGAUACAGUUAAAGGCGUUGGAUUGUUUCUCUAAAUUAUUCUCCUUCAGGGCCCUAGAUGAAUCGCUUUUGGUCAAUCCUCCAGACUCUUCAGCUUCCAAUGAUCAAAGUCAGGAGACUUCAACCACUGGAAUUACACCACCACCAAAGCAGAAGUUAAUCGAUGCAGCAAUUGACACUAUUGCAGAGUGUUUCCAAGGUGAAGGCACCGAUCAUCGGAUUGAGUUACAAAUAGUCAGAGCGCUAUCGAGCUGCAUACUCGUAGAGGAUGCGAGCUCUCUAUGCCACGGUGCUUCUCUUUUGAAAGCUGUAAGAACAAUCUACAACAUAUUCAUCUUUUCCUUGAGUGGUUCAAACCAGGGUAUUGCACAAGCUACGUUGACUCAAAUCGUCUCAUCCGUAUUCGAUAAGAUAGAUCUGCAAAAGCUCUCAGAAGCACCCAUUGCUUCUCACAAGGAAAAUUCAAAUGCUUCAGUGGAGGUUGAAGCUGGCAAGGAAGAAUCACCAGCUCAAACACCACUGACUCUGAGAACCAUGGCGGCAAUAAACGAUGAAGAUGAUGAAAGAAUCGUUGAGGCAGAUCCACAGGAAAAUGGCACCGGAGGAGGAUCUUCAAGUACUGAUGAUCUUUUCAUAAAGGAUGCAUUUUUGGUUUUUAGAGCUAUGGCUAAAAUUUCAGCCAAACCUUUGGAAGCUGAUCUAGACAUGAGAUCUCACGCAGUUAGGUCCAAGUUGUUAUCGCUGCAUAUCAUACAUUCGAUAAUCAAGGACCACGUUGACGUGUUUCUUUGCAGAACGGCGUACGUACCAGGUACUGAGAACGUUACCUUCCUAGAAUCAGUUCGACAAUAUCUGUGCCUAGUGCUGUCCCGGAAUGCAGCUUCUUCAGUUUUUCCUGUCUUUGAGAUCACCUCGGAGAUACUAUGGCUUUUGAUAUCCAACCUGAGGGCAGAAUUCAAAAGAGAAAUACCGGUUUUUUUCACAGAAAUCUAUUUCCCAAUAUCAGAGCUAACUACUUCAACUCCACAACAAAAAAGAUAUUUUUUGAGCAUUGUUCAGAGACUUUGUAACGACCCCAGAACGCUGAUAGAGUUCUACCUAAAUUAUGAUUGUAACCCUGGCAUGCCCAACGUGAUGGAGAUGAUGGUGGAUUAUUUAACGAGACUGGCUUUAACGCGGGUUGAAAUCAAUCAGACACAGAGGUCCUAUUAUGAAGAGCAACUUGGCAGACCCCUGUCAACUUUUAGCACUGGACAAGUACCGCUGUUAUCUAUUACAAACAUGUCAGCAGCCACUGAUGUGAGCCAGGCUGUUUUGCCCUUCCCUCUUGAGUUUGCACUGAAAAUGACCUCUUUGAACUGUAUUGUGUCCGUAUUACGAUCUUUGAGUUCCUGGGCACAUCGCGCUCUGAAUACGAACCUAAGCUUGGACAACGGAACACCUAGAAACCUGUCCCGUUCAGUUUCUUCAUUCGGGCACGCAAAGAGAGCUUCAUCUGUCUUUGACUCUAGUAACAGUAUAAAAAGUAUUGCCGCUGAUGAACUUUCCACUUCUGCCCAAUCUCAAGACAUAGACGACCCUACUCAAUUUGACAACCUAAAGCAGCAAAAGACAGAACUUUCAGCGUGUAUUAAGAUCUUCAACAACAAACCAAAGAAAGCUAUCCCGGAAUUAAUCAAAAAGCACUUUUUGCAGGACGAUUCUCCAAAGUCAAUUGCCGAAUGGCUUUUGAACACGGAUGGCUUGGACUUAGCAGCGGUGGGUGACUACCUCGGCGAAGGAGAUGAGACGAACAUUGCAAUAAUGCACGCUUUUGUCGAUGAGUUUGACUUUACCGGUCUGUCCAUUGUUGAUGCACUCAGAAAUUUUCUUCAGAAAUUCAGACUUCCAGGUGAAGGACAAAAGAUUGAUCGGUUUAUGCUGAAGUUUGCAGAAAGAUUUGUCGAUCAAAACCCAGGCGUGUUUUCAAAGGCUGACACAGCAUAUGUUCUUUCUUAUUCGUUGAUUAUGUUGAACACCGACUUACACUCCUCUCAAAUUAAGAACAAAAUGACCUUGCAAGAGUUUCUGGAGAAUAAUGAAGGUAUAGACAACGGCAACGAUUUGCCCAAGGAUUUCAUGAUUGGCUUAUUUAAUGAGAUUGCCAAAAAUGAAAUAAAGUUACAAUCAGAACAACACCAAGCUAUGCUGUCGGAUGAUAAGACCUUCGUACAGCAACAGCAGGCACCCUCGGCCUUCAACUUUUUCAGUAGCCGUGAUAUUGUCAGGGAAGCAUAUAUGCAGGUUUCAAAGGAAAUUUCUUCAAAGACCGAGCUUGUCUUCAAAAAUUUGAACAAAACCAAAGAGAAGAACAAUAUUGGUGUCUUCCACGCGGCAUCCCAUGUGGAGCAUGUUAAAUCUAUUUUCGAAACGUUAUGGAUGUCGUUCUUGGCUGCAUUGACACCACCUUUCAAGGAUUAUGAUGACUUAGAAACCACUAACAAAUGUUUAGAUGGUUUGAAGAUUUCCAUCAGAAUUUCUGCCACUUUUGGAAUCGAGUACGCAAGAAAAUCAUUCAUUGGUGCAUUGGUUCAGUUUUGUAACCUGCAGAAUUUGGAAGAAAUUAAGAUCAAGAAUGUAAAUGCGGUCAUUGUACUUUUAGAAGUAGCACUAGCAGAAGGCAACUUUUUCAGAGAGUCGUGGAAGGAUGUUUUGCUCGUUGUCUCGCAAGUGGAACGAUUGCAGCUAAUUUCGAAGGGUAUUGAUAGAGAAAGUGUUCCAGACGUUGCCCAGGCGAAAUUUGCAAGUCAUAGGGUGUCAUUCGAAUCUACUAGAUCUAAUUCAACUUCGUUCUUUGAGAAAUGGACUAAAAAAGCCACUCCAUCUGAACUGGCUCAAGAGAAACAUUACAAUCAAAGCCUGUCCCCAGAGAUCUCCAAAUUUAUCUCAUCGAGUGAGCUAGUUGUAUUGAUGGAUAACAUCUUCACGCAAAGUUCCAAACUCUCAGGAAACGCCAUCGUUGAUUUCAUCAAGGCUUUAACGGACGUUUCACUGGAAGAAGUCGAGUCAUCGCAAGAUGCUAGGACACCUAGAAUGUUCUCAUUGCAGAAGAUGAUUGACGUUUGUUACUAUAAUAUGGACCGUAUCAAAGUUGAAUGGACACCUAUUUGGGCUGUCAUGGGCGCCGGUUUCAACAAAAUCGCAACCAAUCCAAACCUUGCGGUUGUCUUUUUCGCCAUUGAUUCCUUGCGUCAAUUGUCUAUGAGAUUUUUAGACAUUGAAGAGUUAUCUGGUUUUGAAUUCCAGAGCGAUUUCCUGAAGCCCUUUGAGUACAUUGUUCAAAACAGUGGAAACACUGAGGUUCAGACAAUGAUAAUCGAGUGUUUCCGGAACUUUAUACUGACGAAGUCAAGUAAGAUCAAAUCUGGUUGGAAACCUAUACUGGAAUCCCUCCAGUACACAGCCCAAUCGCCAAAUGAGGCAAUUGUUUACAAGACCUACACUCUGGCAUGUAAUGAUAUCGUUGCUAAUCAUUUUGAGAGUGUUUUUGCUCAGGAAUCAGCAUUUGGUGAGCUAGUGGCAGUCUUUAAAGAGAUAACAAAAAAUCAAAAAUCUCAAAAACUAUCGUUGCACGCACUAGAAGCACUCAAGAAAAUGACCCAAAAGAUUGCCGCAAUUUGUUUCGACAAGAAGGAGAGUAAGGAGGUGAGGGAAUCCCAUGCAUUGUUAUUACGUGGUAAGGAUGUAUUCCACGAUAUAUGGUUUCCUAUGUUGUUUUGUUUCAACGAUACCAUCAUGACCGCAAACGAUCUGGAAGUGAGAUCGCGUGCAUUGAACUACAUGUUUGAUUCCCUAGUGGCGUAUGGUGGUGAAUUUGACGACGAAUUUUGGGGCAAGAUCUGUACGAAGCUAUUAUUCCCUAUUUUCGGAGUCCUCUCGAAGCAUUGGGAAGUCAACCAAUUCAACAGUCACGAUGAUUUGACCGUUUGGCUUUCUACGACGUUGAUCCAGGCUCUGAGAAAUCUGAUUGCCUUAUUCACCCAUUAUUUCGAUUCCUUAAACAAGAUGUUAGAUGGAUUCCUUGGUCUAUUGAUCUCAUGUAUUUGUCAAGAAAACGACACAAUUGCAAGGAUUGGUAGGUCGUGCUUGCAGCAACUGAUCUUACAGAACGUUACCAAAUUUGAUAAAUCUCACUGGAGGGACAUUGGAGACGUUUUCAACAAACUGUUUGACAUGACUACCGCAACCGAGCUAUUCGAGUACGAUCCGCUGCACCAGGGAAGACGUAAAUCGUCCGUCCACCAGGUGUCAACAUCAGGCAGCGAAUCUACUCAAACUGAAAAUGGAGCCAACGGCAACAUCGAGGAGACAGUGCAAAGGGCACAUCAGGAAGAAGCUAGUGAAGAUGUGGGUAACGACAUGCAAGCCGAACAAGAAGAAACCGCUGCAGACAACAACGCCAAAGCCGAUCUCGGUAGAACAGAGUCUGCCCCAGAGGCCGACCACGUCCCACAAAACAAUAACCUUCGUCCCGCACGCAGGCUGGUACAGACCAAGAGUAGCGAAGAUCUGCGCCGCAGAAUAACGGUUAAAAACUCGAUCGUUAUCAAAUGUGUCUUAAACUUGCUCAUGAUAGAACUACUAAGUGAACUCUUCGAGAAUGAAGAUUUUGCCCGCUGCAUACCUCAUAAGGAAGCUGCCAAGAUUACCAGACUGCUGGAAAAGUCCUACGAGUUUGCUCGUGAUUUCAACGAGGACUACGACCUCAGAACAAGGCUGGUAGAGGCCCGCGUAGUCGACAAGAUCCCAAACCUACUCAAGCAAGAAACCAGCGCCGCAGCAGUGCUCAUCAACAUCCUUUUCAAGCUCUAUCUCAACGACGACGACAAGAAAACUGAACUAAGCGAGCGUUUGAUCCACAUCUGCACAAACGUGGUCCACGGCUAUGUAUCACUCGAUGACCGCACCAUGGAGCGUAGCAUUAACUCCUGGCGACCAGUUAUUGUCGAGAUCCUACAAGGUUACUACGAAUUCGACGACGAUGACUUCCAGCAGUACUGCUCCGUCAUGUACGACUUAGUGCUCAAGAUUCUCGACAAGAGUGUUCCCACAGACCUAAGGCACGCCAUUAGGAUCUUCCUCGCUAGGGUUGGUGAACUUUACAUUCGCUAA